AUUAUAUAAUAAAUGCUCUUUCAUUAACUAUCGGUCUUGUGCAGGGAGAUAAACAGGCGUUAUAAUGUCAGAUUUACGAUUUACUCGAGUGAGACUUGCCAGUCCCCGCUGUUGAUUGGUCACCUGUCAUCGAUGGAGCGGCAUGUUAUUGUUGCAUUUCGGGUUUUAGUGGCUGUGAAUCGGUUGCGUUUCGGUGUUGAGCGCUGUGAACAGCGGUGACUGGACUGUAGGCUCUGCGCAUGCGCAGUUGAAGACCUGGAGCCGCAGGAGAUCAGAGCUGCGCUCCAGAGUAAGGAACAGAGAAGGCUGUGGACAUUAUGAGCGCCAAAGUGAACAUGGAGACUCCACCCAAAGAAGAUUGUAGAUCUUUGGACCCAUCCUCGACUACUAGUGAGGCCAUCCUCAUCUGUGGGAGUGAUGGUGUGGCUAAAAAGGUCCGACCCCAGCCUCAACCUCAGCCCCAUCCCACUACAGCUCUCCUUCUCCCAGCUCCAGUUCCCAGCCAUCAAAAGGUUGAGGUGACUCAAGCUGUUGCCAUGGGAGACCCAGGUAAAGGAGCCAGAGCCAAUCAGACAACUGCGCCCACCCUGACAGCACAGGUGGGCGGGGCUUGUAGCAUUGUCCACGUCUUAGAGUGGAAGGAGGGAAUGGCUAUCCUUCCCAGCAGCAACCUCAAGUUCUGUGUAAGUGACGUGGGAACGCUGAGCACACUGAUCACCCCAGGGACAACCAGCACCACCACUGAUUUAGCAGCAGGGACUUCUGGGAGAUCUGCUGACGCAGAAGGUGCUGCAGCAGACAAGCCAGAUGUGUCGCCUCCUGUCAGCUCGGUGAGAGCUGGAGUCAUGGAGCCAGCGAGGCUUGUCCCGGUCAAAGCAGAAGCUCAGGUUGGACCAGGACAUCAUAACCAUGACCCCAGAACUCAGAGAAGCUAUGCAGAGGAGCUACACAGAGAACCCAUGAUUGACAGGAGGAGCAUUGGGGUUGAAAAGGUGCCAGCAGGUGGGAGGAUUUCCUCCCUUAACCCUGAUCACCUGAAACCCAUGAGGAAGAGGAAGCGGAAGGAGUACCUGAGUCCAUCUGAGGAAGACUCCGAUAUAGACGGCACGGAUGAGAAAAUGGAUGACUCUAAAUCCGACAGCAGACACAUCAGAGGAGCUGGAGACAGUAAGACAGAGCAGUGGACAUGGGCUCUGUAUCUGGAGGAGAGCAAAGCAAUUGCUGCCCCCAACAAGCUUUUCCAAGAGUCCCAGAGAGUGCCGACAAUGAAGAACGGCUUUAAACAGGGGAUGAAGCUGGAAGGCAUCGACCCACAACAUCCAUCCAUGUACUUCGUCCUCACUGUGGCUGAGGUGUGUGGCUACCGUCUGCGGCUCCACUUUGAUGGAUACUCUGACUGCCAUGAUUUCUGGGUGAACGGCAACUCUCCUGACAUCCACCCAGCAGGCUGGUGUGAGAGCACAGGGCACAAACUGCACACUCCCAAAGGUUGUAAAGAGGAGGAGUUCACCUGGACCAACUACCUGAGAAUGACUAAAGCACAAGUGGCUCCCAAAGAACUGUUCUUCAGUCCUGGCAGGAUCGACGUGAAGUGUGGUUUUGAUAUAGGAAUGAAACUGGAGGCUGUCGACCGUAUGAACCCAUCCCUCAUCUGUGUAGCAACUGUCACGGACGUGGUGGACAAUCGUUUUCUGGUUCACUUUGACAACUGGGAUGACACAUAUGACUACUGGUGUGAUGCCAGCAGUCCAUACAUUCAUCCUAUCGGUUGGUGUCAGGAGAGGAACCUGCCUCUAACACCACCCCAAGAUUACCCAGACAAAGGCCGGUUCUCCUGGUCUCUCUACUUGGAGGAAACUGGUUCCAAGGCAGUGGCCGCUGAUGCCUUUAAAGUGCGUGCGGCCCAUAGCUUCCAGCCUCAGAUGAAACUGGAAGCUGUGGACAAGAGAAGUCCAGGUCUGAUCAGAGUGGCCACAGUAGAGGAAGUGGAAACUCACCGCAUUAAGGUCCAUUAUGAUGGGUGGAGUCACGUCUAUGAUGAGUGGAUGGACUCAGAUCACCCAGACAUACAUCCAGCAGGCUGGUGUGAAGCCACUGGUCACCCACUAAAAGUCCCCCCACGUGAUCCCAAAACACAGCCGCCACACGGAGUGAGGGAACCUCCUGCUACUGGUCAGUCCACCUACUCUCCCUCCUCUGUUCCCUGCAAACCCAUCAGCCACCCCAGAGCCAACAAGUACAGCUUCCACAACAGGAAGUGUCCAACUCCUGGUUGUGACGGUUCAGGUCACGUGACAGGUCGUUUCACUGCUCAUCACUGCAUAUCUGGCUGCCCGCUGGCUGAGCGUAACCAGGGCAGACUGAAGGCCGAGCUGUCAGACUCAGACUGCAAGAGAAACCUCUUCUUUGGCCAAAGGACCAAGAAGACUCAUUACCGUGGCAGGAUUGGUCGUCCUCCCAAAUACAGGAAGAAUCAGCAGAGAGACUACCAGAACAUGACUUCAGAGGUGUAUCCUUCGCUGUUCAUGUCGGCUCUGAGCGGUCAGUCUGACAGGACUCUGUCUCUGUGCUGGGAGCAACACUGUAAACUGCUGCCUGGCGUUCAGGGCAUUCAUGCCAACCAGGUGGCGUCAUGGAGCGUUGAAGAGGUUUUCAGGUUUGUCCAGAAUCUAAUCGGCUGUGAAGAACAGGCUCGUCUCUUCAAAGAUGAGAUGAUUGACGGGGAAGCCUUUCUGCUGCUCACCCAGACCGACAUUGUGAAAAUCAUGAGCAUCAAGCUUGGUCCCGCCCUCAAGAUCUCCAAUGCCAUUCUCAUGUUUAAGAGCACAGACGAGGGACUGAAGUGAUCCAGCCCUCACUCGCACUGGAGGGUGUGGAGCCACUGAUCAUCAUGUGCCAAAUUCAUUCUCUUGCAGGGAAAAAAAGACCCUGACCCCUUUUUUAUGUGUUUGGUGUCCUGUACCCAUCAGAGAGGGGGGUGGGGGGUUGUUUGGGUCCACUUGGGGUAAAAGGGGAGUAAAGGAGAGGUAAGAAGAUAAGGGGAAAUUAGGAAAUGCUUCUAUUGUUGUGGACUAAUGCAGGAACGUUGAACAGAUGAAGUGGUGUAGGGUGUUGAUAGUGAAAGGCAGAGGCAGGUGACGGGAACAGUAGAGGUUUUUACAUUUUUAGGUAUUUUCCAACUGAUGAAUUUGCUUCAGUAUCAGUUGUAUUACUAUCAAAUGACCAGCUAUCACUUGCUUCAAAUAGACAGCUGUUGAGUCACCUGCCUCUGGUUGAUUUUCAGCACACGUGGCACUGGCAGAUACUCAGAAAUGAAUAAUGUGGCCAGUUUAAUGCAGUACUUGAAGCUGGUCAGUGAGGCUCCCACAGGCUUCAUGUUUUGUGCAAUAAAAAGUAAAGAAGUACUGUAUUCAGCAGCAACAGUUAAUAUCACAUGUUAUGUUAUCAGUUUAAUUCUAAUAAGAGGAGUGAAAUAAAUACAUUACAUUGCUCAGACAAAGACAAAAAGCCUUGGCCUCAGCUUUGGUGUCCUGGUACGUUUUGGUCAUUUCUCAAAUUAUCCAAACUGUUCUCUCGCUGUAAUGUUAUUAUGAAAACUCCAGUGAUAAAACUAGAGCUGUGAUUUUAAAAAUAUUACCUCUGAUCUGGUAUCUGAAUCAGAAACAACACAUUUGUUUUUUUGUGUUGCAAAAGAUCAACAAUCUUUUUUACGUCAUUCUCAAUCGAGGAAAAGAGCACUUUGCAUUGGCAUGUUAGCACAAUUAUGAAACCCAAUGACAUUCUCACACUUGGUCACUAGAGAGUGCAAAAAUUCACAUAUUAGCACUAUAAACAGGGAUUUGGUGUGACCUCUAUGCUGUUUACAUGUGAUGGAAACUCCAUUCAGAGCCUGUUCUUAAAAAUUGUUUACAUUUUAUGUCAGAGUAGGUAAAAAACAAAAAUGUGUGGAUUUAAUAUGUCAGAUGAAAGUUAUUUUACAGGAAAGCUUUAAGGGCUCCUGGAUUCUCGAAUAUGACUUCUUGUGUGUCUCUCUGGUGGGAUUUGUGAGUGUGCGUGUGUGCGCGAGUGUGUGUGUGCCAAGAUAAUCUUGAGUCACAAAUGUCAUUUAAUCAUAUGAAUUAAUAAAUGUCCAAAGCUGUCCUGUCUGA